AUCAGCAGGAUCAGCAAUAUAUUUCCUUUUUUCUUACUAGUUUCCCAUCUCAUAAUGACACCGGAUCUGAGUCUCGACUUCGAGACCUCUGCUCAGCAGCACUAUUCGGCACACAACCCGAUCGAACAGUACGUCCUGCUGUCGAAGAGUGCCAAGGGAGCCGCUUGUCUGGAACUGAUCAAACAGGUCCUGGAGGCACCUGGAGUGUACGUAUUUGGGGAGUUGCUUGCGAUGCCCAACAUUGCUGAGCUGCAAACUGGUCCUAGUGCAAGCUACUUCAAUACGCUGCACCUGUUUGCCUAUGGGACUUACCGGCAGUAUUUGGAAAAUCAAGCUCAGCUGGUUCAGCUUACUCCGGUGAUGAGAAAGAAACUGCAACACCUGACAAUAGUUUCACUGGCCAUCAAGACCAAGUGCAUCCCGUACAAAGAACUGCUGGAGGAACUGGACAUCAAACAUGUUCGCGAUCUGGAGGAUAUGAUCAUCGAAGCCAUCUAUGGCGACAUCAUCCACGGAAAGCUGGACCAGAAGAAACAGCAGCUGGAAGUGGACUAUGCUAUCGGUCGGGACAUCCGACAGGGCAAUGUAAGUGAGUUGGGUAACUUUCUGGAGGAGUGGUGUGACUCGUGUGAGACAAUACUGGCCUGCUUGGAGAAUCAGAUCCAUCGGGCCAACUCGGAGAAGCAGAAGCGCAUCAAACACAAGGAAGCAAUCGAACUGGAGAUUACUAAUCUUAAGAAGCUGAUUAAGGUCCAAGGCGGCAACGAUUCGGAUGAAGCCAUGGCGACUGAUUCCGGCCGCGAAAUAACGGCUUACAAUAUGGAGUUGCGCAAGAAGUCAUCGAAAUCAAAGAGCCAGAAAGUGAGCGGUGCGGCCAAAAUGCUCUCGCGACAGAUGCCCUAGAGAAGUGAUAUAUGUACCCUACAUUAUGAGUUUGUGCGUAUUUUCCGUUCGUUUCAAUCCCGAUUCGGUACGUUUAGUUUGAUUGAUACCAACAACCUCUAUUUAUUGCGAAUAAAAUUGAAAUAG